CUUUUUCUUUUUUAAAGAUUUCUCUCGCAUCUAUUUAAGAACAAUGCCGCAGAACAAAAAAAUUCAUCAGUUUCAGUUUUCAGAAAAUGACUUUGUGCUCAAAAUCCAUUCGACUCAAUAUUUUGUCGAUCCUUAUUCUAGUGGGAUGCGUUAGUCUCCCAAUAGCAGAAAGCAAAAAUGUUCAGAUUUUAGAAAAGAAGACCACAAUCAACUACCCUGCCAUAAGUUGUCGAAAGCACACUGCAGUAUUGACACAAUUUGGAGGAGUUGGCGAUGGAAAAACAUUGAAUACAAAGGCUUUUCAAUCUGCCAUUGCCAAUCUAAGCCAAUAUGGUUCAGAUGGUGGAGCACAGCUUAUUGUACCUCCAGGGAAAUGGUUAACUGGAAGCUUUAACCUCACUAGCCAUUUCACCCUUUUCCUACAAGAGGGUGCUGUUGUUCUCGCUUCUCAGAAUGAGGCAGAUUUUCCUUUAAUCGAUCCAUUACCCUCUUAUGGGAGAGAGCAAAAUUUUACUGAUGGAAGAUUCGCCAGCCUCAUUCUUGGAAUGAACCUCACUGACGUUGUAAUUACUGGUAAUAAUGGCACGAUUGAUGGGCAGGGUGCUCCCUGGUGGGACAAAUUCAAGAAGGGUCUAUUGAAGGCGACCAGACCAUUCCUGAUUGAGCUUAUGUACACUAAUCAGCUCCAAAUAUCAAACAUUACUUUAACCAAUUCUCCAUUUUGGCACAUCCAUCCCAUAUAUAGCAGUAACGUGGUGAUCCAAGAGGUGACGAUUCUUGCUCCUGUCGAAGUCCCCAAUACAGAUGGCAUUAACCCAGAUUCAAGCACAAACAUUUGGAUAGAAGAUGUUUACAUUGUCUCGGGAGAUGAUUGCAUUGCUGUUAAAAGUGGAUGGGAUGAGUACGGAAUUAAAGUUGGAAUACCCACACAACACCUUGUUAUAAGAAGGCUAACCUGCAUUUCCCCACAAAGUGCUACCAUAGCGCUUGGAAGUGAGAUGUCUGGUGGAAUUCAAGAUGUUAGAGCAGAGGACAUCACAGCCAUCAAUACCGAAUCUGCUGUUAGAAUCAAAACUGCACCCGGAAGAGGAGGCUAUAUUAAAGACAUAUUUGUAAGAAGGAUGACCUUAAAGACCAUGAAGUAUGUUUUCUGGAUUUCAGGUGCUUAUAAUUCACACCCAGAUAAUGGCUAUGAUCCAAAUGCAUUGGCUGUGAUUAACAAUAUAAACUACAUAGACGUUGUAGCAGAUAACGUGACAAUCACAGGAUCACUUGAUGGAUAUGCUAAGGAUCCCUUUACUGGAAUCUGCAUUUAUAACGCAACUAUGAUAUUGAGUGAAACAGCUAAAAAGUUGCAAUGGAACUGCACUGGCAUACAGGGAGUUUCAAACAAGGUGACUCCUGAGCCGUGCGAUUUAUUACCCCAGAAAGCAACUGAUUGCUCUUUCCCAGAUGAUAAGCUGCCAAUUGAAAAUGUUCAUCUGGCAACUUGCUCUAUUUAAGAAAAAUUUCCAGUGAGUUAUGAUCAAUCAUGUACAGUCCUCUUAAGUAUGGUCAAUAAAAAGAUGCAAAAGAUAUGUAACGAAAUUGCAACUUUCUGCUGUUAUUUUGCUUACUGUGUGUUCCACCACAAAAGGGUGGGUAAUGACAAAAUGUUGAUAAUAUGGAUUUGAUUAA